ACCAGCAACAUCAUCAUGAGGACACUGGCCAAACGGGAGAACGUGAAGGUGUUCACAGAGAAACUACUGUUGCUGCUAAACCGGGCAGAUGACCCGGUGAAUAUUUUCAAGCACCAGCCCCAACCACCGCACUCCGUGGUGAAGUUCCUGCAGGAUGUUUUUGCGGACAAAGACACGGCAAGGAUCUUUUACCGCACGGACCUGAUGGUGAUGAUUGAUAUCAUCGUGCGUCAGAUCUCUGACCUCUCACCAGGGGAAAAGAUUCGAAUGGAAUACCUCUCACUGAUGCAUGCCAUCAUGCGCUCCACAGAUUACAUAUGUCACCAGCACCGUCUCCCGGAUCUCCAGGUCACCUUCCAACGAAUUCUGGCGGAGGAGGAGAAUGACCAGAGCUGCCAGAUGGACAAGCUGAUCAUCCAGGAGAUCUACAAAGAAUUCCCAGAUUUUGCUUUAGAGAACGAACUCUGAAAGCAAAAGUGCACCGAAUACCUGAAAAAUUAGCCUAUGUGGUUCUUCUCCAAAAUCGCUCAUCCCUAUUUGACGAAGCGCUUUAAUCUGUGACUGAACCCAAAGCCUUUUGCAGCCUUACAAAAGAUGUGUUCUUUUUCUGCCUUUUUAUACCAUUCUGUAGCUUCCACGUGCUGCAGGAAGUUGAAGCAUUGAGAGUGAUGGUAAUUACUCUUGCUGCACUGGUGUCCUCAGUAACUUUGUGUAUGAUUUCAUCAUAUGAAGCAUCUAUAAAUCUGAAGUAGAAAAAUAGGUUUACACUAACAUAAAUCCUUCACCGACAGAGCAGAAUGUUUGAGAGGGGAUUUAGUGAGAUAAGAGUUCAGCUUUUCUUCAGGGUAUUCUUGGUUGAAAGCCUAGCUAAUAAUCCAGCAGAGCUAACCAUUCAACAUCUGACCCAACCUAUUGUGGGGCAGUCAGCUUCUAUUCACAAGAAAGGAUAUUUAAUGCAAUCAGUCAUUGUCAUCCAGUUUGCUAGUCUCAAUGGGGUAAAAUGAUACAAGGGGUUUGUGUCACGCCAAAACAUGGGAACGUGUCAGUAGUUUCAGGAUGUCAGCUUGAAAUUGGACACCACUUUCUAUUUUCCACAAGCAGCCCCAUAAUCAUGGAUCAUUGGCAGAUUAGCAAAUUAUUUGCUGCCUAUCAGCUCAGUGUAGCUACAAUAUUGAAUCACAGUGUUAAAAACUGAAUACAGGAGAGUGUCAGUCUACCCGGGGAGACUGGGGCCUGUCAUACGGUCCCAGGGGAGACUGGGCUGUGUCCUGCAGCAUGUUGGUAGAUUGUUGCCAGGAUAUUGAGAAGCUACAGAGUUGUGCUUAUGCAGUAAACCAUGUGUGGGGUCAAGGAAGUCAAUAGUUUGAAACUGAUAGCCGCUCUGGCAACGUCCUGAAGCAGCAAAGUGAUUUUCCUUCUCCUGCUUCAGGCCUGAAAGUGCGAAAUAGAGAAAACAAUGUGACUGUGACAACAGCAAAUACACUGGUGUUUUGCACUAAAUGUUCCAGGUUAUAGAUCGCAUCAUCUCAUCUUCAAAUACAGACCAAUUUGCUCUCCAGUUAGCACUGUUAUAUAGAGCUCAGUUAUGCCUACGUAUGAUGGUUAGUUUUCAGCCAUUGUAGCUUUGUAAACGUACUCUCUAUCUCCCUCGAGUCACUCCUGCGCGCCCUCUCUCUCUCUAAUGCUCACACACUCUCUGUCAUGCUCUGUCACUCUCAAGUUUGUGCUGACUUACUCACAUGUGCUCUCUCACAUUCUUUCUUGCUGUCUCUCUUGCUCACUCAUGCUCUGUCUCAUACUGAAGCGCUUUCUCACUCUCGCACCCUCUCUUGUGCUCUUUCUCUCUCUUCCGCUCUCUCUUACUCUUCCUCUCUCUCUAGCACUCUCUCGCACUCUCACUCACUCUAACAUGCACGCUGUCACUCUCGUGCUGUCUUUUCAUGCUCGCUCUCACACUGGCACUCAAUGUCACGCUCGCUCACUCUCAUGCAGGUCAGUAUUCUCUGCCAGCUCGAUUGUGUGCUUUCAGAAUGCUUGUUGCCAGUAUCUUUCGAGUAGCGUUGAGCCUGUCUUGUUCGUGGUGUUAGUUUGGGAUGAGUGUGAGCUGCUAAUGUUCUCAGGGAGCAGUAUCUUCAAUUGUGGUCUGAAAGGGCAGUCGGAAACUCAAGCCUGUUGUUUGCUCUCUGAGCAAUUUGUAAUCUGUGGGAGUGUGCAGCUCUCACUAUCUGGAUGCUGCAGGCUGUCAUUUUCAGCUCCAAGUCUGCCUUGCUAUUGGUAUUUUACUGCUAAUGUUUGUAUACAGAUAAUUAAAGCAGCUACAGCAUUUA